CUACAACCCACUAUCUUCAACCCAUUUAUAAUCACAGCAACCACCACAACAUUUUCACACUCAACAAGUUAUCCCUUCCUCUCUUAAUUAUAUUCUCCUUCUCUACCUUUUCUUACUUAUACUUUAAACUUCUUAGAUCUUCAUUUAAUUAAAUAACUAUACAUUAAUUAUGGCCUCAAAUUCCUUAAGCAAACACAAACUUUGUGAUUCAACUUGGACUCCUAAACAGAACAAGUUGUUUGAAAAGGCACUUGCAAAAUAUGACAAGGAUACACCUGACCGUUGGAUUAAUGUAGCAAAAGCAGUUGGUGAAAAAUCAGUUGAGGAAGUUAAGAGACAUUAUGAGAUACUCUUGGAGGAUCUCAAACACAUUGAGUCUGGUCGUGUUCCAAUUCCAAACUAUAAGUCCACGUGAAAUGUAGUUGUUGCAAUGUUGAUUAACAAAACAGAUCAU